GUACGCAUUUUGAAGAAGAUGAAAUCAGGAUUGGUUUGUGGAGAUGUGACCCGUGCAUGGCAGGAGUACAGGUACUCCUCUACUUAUGGACAUUCUAAUUGCGAACUUUCAGAGAUACGACCAAACUUGCCCGCAUGUCCAGUUGCAGCCUGUUCGACAGCUGUUCACAAUACUAUCGCCUGUGACAAGUUGAUUUAUGAAGAGAAGAAGAGAGCAACUGUGCAGACAUCCCUGGGUAAGUUUUUCAAGAGAGUGGAGAGGAAACACGAGCACCAAAGGGAAUUAGCAUCUCCAUCUGCAGGACGUGAAGAACCAGUGGCAUGUACAGCUGCAGAACAUGAAGAACCAGUGGCAUUCCGCAGAACACGAAGAACCAGUGGCAUUCUGCAGAACAUGAAGAACUAGUGGCAUAUUGCAGAACAUGAAGAACCAGUGGCAUUCUGCAGAACAUGAGGAACCAGUGGCAACUAUAUCUGCAGAACAUGAAGAACUGGUGGCAUCUCCAUCUACAGGAGAUUUUACCACUUUUAAAGCCAUUCCCCGUGUUUAGUGUACACGCUCUAGAACAUGUUUGGAAUCGACAGGAGUAAAGAUGGUCUUCCGAAUUGUUUUACUUACAAACAGACCUGGAACCAAACUCGUUUGUAGGUAGAGGAGUCCCUGUAGAGGGAGAAGGGAAAGGUGGCAGACGGAGGAUGCGGUGGAACAAAAACUUAGAGAGUGACCGUGACUCGAGAAGAAGGUGCAGAAUAGAAAGGCUUGGGGGAAAGAAAUUACAAGGGACCGACCCCCACACACAACAAUGGAACUUUUGGCUGAGAAGGUGAAGGAUAUUUCUCGUAGGGUUAAAAUUUAAGAAGCACGCAACCCCCCCACCUUGUUGCUGGCACAUUGGCGGUGGGCGCCUGUGGACCUGGGUUCAGAUUUUCGAACAGUGAUUGAACGCGGGCAGCUGAUACGGACGUGCAACACAAAUAUCAGCCAGCAUGGGGGAGGAACAAUAAGUAAUGAUGACAUUAAAACGUAAUUAGCGCUGGAUGCUAUUACUGCCGAAGCAGUUUGGGCCAGAUUAAGGAUGGGGAGAGCGCGUGCGCAUGGCGUGGAAAGGAAGCGGAUUUGUGCUGAAUGUUUUUAGUGAAGCGUCUGUUUUUAGAGUGAGGACUGAAAGUGUCACAGUCUAUUUGGGUAGUGCUUCCAUCAUAUGCAAGGAAGGGCAGUUGAAAUGCGAUGUGUUAUGCUGUGGAAUGACAUAAUUUGUCACCAUUCGAAUCAAGAAUUUAUAUUUUUGUUUCUACUGUCUCACUUCUAUUGCUUGUAUUGUACGUUGUUUCUCGUUCCGUUAGCCAGCACGUAAUGUUUGCAUGGACUUUGCAUGUUAUUGUUAAUAUGUUUGUUUCAUGGGUGUCAUAUUUCAUUAUUCAUCUUUCAAUUCAGUCUUUUAAAUGCUUACGAUCAAUAGUGACUUUGAACCAAUGUCAGCGUCUCCUCUUUAUAAUAACGUUUGUGAUGAAAAUAUCUUCUCCAUUUCAGGCUGUUUAUUAGGCAUGUUGGUGAUGCAUCGAUUCAUCAGUGAUAGAUUUUUAUGCUCAAGGGGUGCUGGAGGACCCUCGCGACGGGCUCUGCGGCAACGAAACGCGCACAAGUCCCCGCACCCAAUGCAAGCGAAUCAAAGUGGAACACGAGAAGCAGGGCAAUGUGGACAGCGGCGUCGCAUUGGAUGGGGAGAACAAGAGCAGAAUGUGGAUGGCCGUGAAGCAGGAAAGGAACGCCACCUGUGACGACUGGUCCAGGGGCACGGAGGGUGGCUGGGAUGCCCAUGGGAUGGACGAUUACCAUCAGCAGCAGCAGCAGCAGCACGAGCAGCAACAGCAACAGCACCAGCAGGCACACGACGGCGCAGAGGGGUUUGUGGCAGCGGAGGCGACCGACCCGUCCAUCAGCACAUUGGACUGGCGGAAGAUCUACGAGAGGAACCGCAUGGCGGGACACCAGCAGCAGCGGAACAGGAGGUCUGGGAUGACGGCGGCGUACAGGAAGAAGGGGCUAACUGCAGGAGCCAGCAGCGAGGAUACGAAGGGUCGGCAGUUCCGCGCGGUCUCGGGCGACCUCCACGACUCGUCGGUGCAGAGCUACGAGUCGUACGACGACGGCUUCCAGCCACACGAGGAGCAAAACUUCUCGGAGGGGGGCGACGAGACGUGGCCGCUGCGGGACGACCGGAACUCUUCUUGUGCCAUCGCGCAGCAGCUGGAGGAGCAGCAGGCGGGCGGCGACGACGGCGGCGGCGGCGAUGACGGCGGCGGCAACGGCGCUGGUUUCGGCGUCGAACACCUGGCGCUGUGUUUCCCCAGCGGCUCGAUGGACGACAAGCCAUUCCGCUGCGAGGAGUGCGGCAAGACGUUCCGGCAGAGCCACCACCUGCGCGUGCACCGGCGCAAGCACACGGGCGAGAAGCCGUACUCGUGCGACACGUGCGGAAAGCGCUUUGCGCAGUCGGCGCACUUGGUGACGCACCGGCGGAUGCACACGGGCGAGCGGCCUUACAUCUGCAUGGUGUGCGGCAAGGGGUUCGCGCAAUCGUCACACCUCACCUUGCAUCGCCGCAAGCACAUCAUGGACGGCAUCCGCGCGUCGGCUGACAACGUGGUCGGCCAUCAGAUCAUCGACCUGGAUCCGUCCAUCAUCAUCGAAUAGUUGUCGGAGAGUUAUUUAAAGAGUAACGGGCGAGGAGGGGAAUUAUAAAGGAAAAGCCAACGUUAUAUGUUUUUGUCGUCCUGUUACGUCGCAGUAUGCGAGAAACUCUGACUGGGGAAUAUUUUGUAAAGCUGGCAAACUGUUGAUGGAGGAGGAGAAAACUCCCCACCCUGCAUUGGUGUGUUGUUCAGCGUGAAACUGGUUUAAAUAAUUCACGGAAUUAAAUAGUCCUAAAGUGGUAAUAUAUCCAACUACCUUCCAGUAUAUUGGUCAAUGACGAAAAUGUUUUACUUUGAUGAAAAUUUAAGAUGUCUAAGGAGUCUCUAAGGGUUUGGAAUCCAGGUUCAAGAGGUCGUCGGUCAAUACGACCGUGCGACUUGUGUGUUUUAAGUGGAGAAAAUAUUUGUUACAAUAUGGUGCAUCAUUCCAUUUACUCAAUUUUUUUCCCAUGGGAUAGUUUAAGGUAAAAGAACCGAGAAUCAAAAAUAUUACUUAACUUUCCAGGCACAUUUUUACUGAAGAUACAAAAACUACUAACAUGUAUCUGAUUAUGGCGUUUUUUUAGAGAGUGCGUGUAUGGAGUUCAUAACGACAAGGGUGGGUUCAUGUGCAUGGGUGCCAUAUCAAAUGGUUUUACAACCUCAAUGGCUCGAAUGGAGCUGCUUCUAUAUAUGACAGCCACUGCUUGCAGAUGCAGCAGUCACUCAGUAGCCAGUCAGAGCUCUCACUCCAGUCUUCGCAAGCCCUGCCCAUAUCCAAAUCUGCCAAUAUAUAUCGAUGCUGAUCAAGAACCAUUUCGCUCCUUAUUAAUAGUGAGGAUCAAAAUUUAAAGUGUCUUUGGGUGGCGUGUAUCUCCUUUUGGUGGUACGGAGAGAGCGGUGGGGAUUUCUGUAUUUGCCUAUUAUAAAUUUCCACGUGAUAAGCCGUUUCGUUGGGCUGUCAUUUGUGAAAGCCAGGUCGCUACUGAAAAAAGCUACACUGCUCCCUGGGCCUUACCUUGUAAAAUAAAAAAAUGUUUAGUUGAUGUGCUCCCGCCACUGCAAGUGACAAAGCCUCCACUAGAGGGAGCUUCUAUAUAAAGUGCUAUACUCCGUCCCAUCUGGAGGAUACAUUUACUUUAAAAUGAAAGGUUUUUUUUAUCAAGGCAUUUAGGAUUUGUUUUAAGCGCGCGAGUACCUUUCAAUGUUCUACCACAGUGGUGAUGUAGGGAAACCUAAAAAUAAUGUUUUAAGUCACUGCCAUAGACAAGCUAAUUUGUUGUAGCCGGAUGUGAAGACUGGAAUAUGAGCAAUUCACGUAACAUUGGUAAAGUAUUGAAAACUCCAGUGGAAUAAACAUGACUGUAUUCUCUGAUGUUGAAUCUAUAAUUUGGCAAAAACUGAAACUUAUUUUUUUGCCAAUAAGGGAAACUCAAUCACCUUGAAUGUGCCCAAUCUUCAAAUGUCAAAAGCUAAGCACAACUGAGCCUGAAUGGUGCUUGAGUGGCUGAUCACCAUGCAACAUCUUCUGCAGGACUACAUUGUCAGGAGAGGGCAGGGCAGUUAAAAAGUUGCACUGUACUAUGCUACCACGUCUAUGCUCCCCAUCUUUGCCACGCCACAAUUUGUCAGCAUGGUGAAGUGUGGUCAAACACCACUCACGUCCUGCACAGCUUGGAUAGGCCCUCAUUCAGCAGUGGAUUGGUAAGAGUGGGCCCCCACGGUGAUGAGAUGUUAACUGCCUUGCCUGGUAUAUAGGAGGUUGUGGGUUCAAUCCCGACCCUGAUGCCUGCUGUAUAUUUGGAGUUUGCACGUUCUCCCUGUGGUGGCGUGCAUUUUCUCCAUGUCCUCCACAUUUAGAAUCAACACGCUUCAGAGUAUUUGGAUAUUAUACAUUUCCAUGCGACGAUAUAAUCCACUUAAUUGAGCUAUCAUUUGUGAUAGCCAGGUCACUUUUGAAAAAGAGCUAUGUAGCUCAGUGGGCCUUACCUGGUAAAAACAAUUGUAAAAAUAGUAAGAGCUGCACUAGUUCAUGCAAGGCAUCACCAAAAUACAAGAUAAUCCUUCAGCGUUUUUGUGCAGCACUUUGUUUCAUCAGCCCAAACUGAAUCCAGUUGUUGGGUCCUAAGUAUGAGGUCACAUUCUGCAAUGCAAUGGCCAGCCAAGAAUCACAAUUGAAAGCAUUGUUUUUAGGUUGCGUGGGUUUUCAUUUUAAAAUGAAAGUAACGUGUGAAAAAGAGUAUUUAUGUAAGUUAAAAUUGUAUUCGUUUAAUAGUUAAAAUGGUUGUGCAUCAGCAUCACCAAUUCAAUGAUACAAGUAUUUGCUUUGUGUGAAAAACAAGUUCCACAGAAAUAUCCAUCGGAAUGUUCAUCUUUUAACAUCUUUAUUUUCACUUUACCAACAUUAAAUGGGCAAAUUUGCAACUCGCCGGCUAUGUUUGCUAUGCAAGUUUGUGAGGGGGUUUGGUAAACCAAUAUUGAAGUGCAGCUAUAAUUAGUGUUAAUUUGUGGAAAUAUUAGGUUUCCGAGGAUUGGUGGUGUGAAGUAUGGUAUUGUGUUAAAUGGGAAGUUUGGUUGUAACGUGCCACAUUUGCAGUUAAGUGAUCUUGAAUAUCCUGAGACUUCAUAAGCAGAGUCUGCAGCAUUCAUUAUUAACAUUCCAAGUUUUAAUUACGCGGCUAACCUAAGGUCCGACUGGUGCAAACAGAUGUGAGUGUGUGACAUUCUUAAAUAUGAGUUGGUUGGCUGGGGACAGGCAUUGUGUUUUUAGUCUCGAUUAAAGCAAAAUGUGUAAUAAAAACAUUUGCAAUGGA